AUGGAUGCAACAGCAGCUUUUGGCUCGAGACGAAAACAACCGUGUUUAUGGUGGCGGGCUACUAUCAGACGUAACUUACAAGUUUUUCAAGAAUGGAUACCUGUUAUCAACUUCCAUGUACCACAAGGAUCUCCGACGUUGGAUUCCUAUUCAACUCACCGGGCUCAAAGGACUUAG